AUGCAUUCAUGGCAUCAUCGCCUGACCACCUGGGCAGAAGGAACAGGGCUAAAAAUUGAUGCUCUUGGUCUUGUCACACUGCUCGGGGCGGAAGAAAUGGAUCGCAGCAUUGGGAGACUCGUUCCGAGUCCAUACCUGGAGUAUCUGCCGUUGCUGGGAGCUUUUGUCGUGGCCGGUAAUCGUUUUACCGAGAAGAAAUCUGGAUACACACUCUACAAUGUAUCAGCCGGCAUCAUGACGACCGAACUAGCCGGCUGGUUCUCGCGAUGGCUUCAGACUCAGGACUUCAAUCAGGUCCGGAGUAUUGUGACCUGGCAGGUCACAGAACGGCCGCGUCAAUGGAAAGAAUUUGUUGUCGGCUUCUUGCUCGUUGGUCUGCCAGUGCACGGAAUACUUAUCACUUUAACAGUGCUGGCAGCGGACUGGUGGGGAUUUGCCAAUGUAGUGGCUAUGAUCAUCUCGGUGGUGGUUCGUUGUAUACAAGUUGCACAAAAUCAAGCCGGAAUCGAUGCCAACAUCCAAACAGCCCAGGAAGCAGCCCAGGAUUACCCAGCCAAGAUAGCGAGAUACGAAGAGGCAAUCGCCACACUCGAGCACCUUCGUCAGAACGGUCAGGCUAUGGAGGGGCUCGAAAGACCUAUUAAGCCUCAAGAUCCCAACGAGCUUGCCAAAGUGAUAGUAGUCACGGAGGACUCCAAAGUCAUCACUCUUGUCGUUCCUGGUUAUCUGGCGAAACUCGCUUUCGCGAUCAACCCCCAACCACCGAAUCGUUACAUUUAUCGGGCCUGCCAGUGGAUCGGAUGGUGCUUUUUUGCGGUGCAUGUGAUCAGCAUUGGCAUGGCAGCCCUGUAUACACAGAUUGUGUCAGUGGUAGUUAUAAUGAUUGCAACAGUUCUUGUGGCCCACAGAGUUGGCUGUGAGGAUUCACAAAUAUGGGAGUCCAUUCAGCGCCAAUGGAGUCAUGACAACCACCAAGUACAAAAAAACAGCUGCUGGGUCAGCUCAAAGCUCAAAGCUACCAUGUCUUCUUACCCCGAAGAGUAUAUGGAUUGGCCUGAGUUGGAGGAACCAAAAACCCCCACUGUGCAUGUAGUCAAUGAAAAGGGACUCAGAGAAAAUCAAAUCAGGGAGAGAACCACGUUUGAUUUGGAAUCUUCUCUCACUCCCAAAAAGAAGAAACCUGAACGUCGUCAGGAUUUGCUUGCUUGGUUGGGUCUUACGGCGGAAGAAGACAAAAUUAUGGUUACUUGGGGGCUCAUACCGCAUAGCCGGGAGUGGCAAAGCACAUAUCUCAAAAAGAAAGAGGCACAUCGCCAAAGAAUUGGUAGAUCGAAACCCGAAUAA